AUAGAGCCGCUGGCGCAGCAUCUGUUCUUUUUGGAGUCCGAGAGAUGGAGGCCACUAAGGUCGAAACUAUCACCGAUAUUUACAUCUGGCAAGCUUAAAGAGAUGUUUCCUCUUGUCGUAGAAUGCGCGGGAAAUUUAGAAAAGUUUCUAGACAGAGUAUCAGACAGUGGCCAGCCAGUGGAAUGCCAUGAAAUGUCUGCGAAAUUCACGACCGACGUGAUCGGGAGCUGCGCGUUUGGGGUCAGCAUGAACGCACUUGAGGACGAAGACAGCGAAUUUCGAAAAAUGGGCAGACGAAUUUUCAGAGACUUUAAACCACAAGCACGGAACAUUUGUAGACAACUUGCGCCAUGGCUGAUGAAAGUGUUAGGCAGAUUUCUACAAUCGGCAGAAGUUAACAAUUUUUUCAUCAAUCUGGUGCGAAGCACGAUGCAGUACAGAGAAGAGAAUAACGUAAAUAGACCAGACAUGAUUAACAUGCUUAUGGAACUGAAGAAACAUCCAGAUAAAGUGAACAGUAUUGGUGAGUAG